UGCUUGUUUCUGUGAAGACGUGUAAUUAUUUCUUCCUUUAUUUUGCUGCACAAGUUACCAAGAGAAGCAGCUUAAAACCAAACAUCCUGUGGAGAACCCCGUCAGAAUGACCAGCAAUCACACAGGCUGUCAUUAUUGCCUGAAGUCUCUUCGUGGAAGGAAGUAUGCUUUAAGAGAAGAAAACGCUUAUUGUGUUGCAUGUUAUGACAGCCUGUUUGCCAACCCCUGUGAAGGGUGCAAGCAACCUAUUGAGUGUGAUUCCAAGGAUCUGGCCUACAAAGGCCUUCACUGGCAUGAGCGGUGCUUCAAGUGUGCCAAAUGCAGUCGCUCACUGGCGGAGAAACCGUUUGCUGCCAAAGACGAGGUCUUGUUGUGUACUGAAUGCUACUCCGAUGAGUAUUCAUCUAAGUGUUUCAACUGUCAGAAGACCAUUAUGCCUGGUUCCCGUAAAAUGGAAUUUAAGGGAAGUUCCUGGCAUGAAUCCUGUUUUGUUUGCCAGUAUUGCCGGCAACCAUUGGGAACAAAACCAUUGAUCACCAAAGACAAUGAAAACUACUGUGUGCCCUGUUUUGAGAAGCAAUUUUCUCACCAUUGCUACUCUUGCAAAAAGGUAAUAACUUCUGGGGGAGUGACCUACCAUGACCAGCCUUGGCAUAAAGAAUGCUUUGUAUGUGCUGAGUGUAAAACACAACUGUCUGGACAAAGGUUUAUUUCCAAAGAUGAGUAUCCAUACUGUGUAGACUGUUUCAGCAAAUUGUAUGCUAAGAAGUGUGCUGCUUGCAAGAAACCUAUUACAGCUCUUGGAAGUGCGAAAUUUAUCUCAUUUGAAGAGCGCCAGUGGCAUGGGGAAUGUUUUAACUGUGCGAAAUGCUCUGUCUCGCUGGUGGGCCAGGGAUUCCUCACUCGGCAGGAUGAUGUCCUUUGCCAUGAAUGUGGCUCUGCUUCAUAGUUCUGUGGAGAGCUGUACAGCUGCAUUAUUCUCACUUUGUAACAAUGUACUUCAUUACUCUGCAGUAAGAAAACCAUAUAAAAGGUAUAACAGUUAUUUAGUCAUUCAAGUAGCUUUCCAACAGCAGUUUAAUUCUAUCAUAGUUCUCAACUGCUUAUGAAAUAAUUAAACAGCCCCAAUACUGGUUAAAAAAGUAACGCAGAAAAGAUUUGUGUGCAUUUAAAAUCUAACUACAGUAUGUUUCUCCUUGUAACACACUGCACUCUGCUGUUAGAAGCUCAAAAAUUUACAUUUCAUCUCCCAUAAACCAAGGAGGAUUGUGAAAAGUUUACAUGUCAUAUGACUAACGCUGAGGCAUUAGCACUGCUUCACAGGUGCAGACCUUGGUGCAGAAAGCUAUGUCUAUUUUGCAUGUCCAAAAUGGAGCAUGUCCAUUUUGCUAUUGGAUCAUAACACUGAUGAGAAAAACUUGUAAAUAUCAACUUCCUGCAUGCUUCAGGCAAAAAAGCUGCCAACAAAGCAGGCAGAAAUUCGGAGAAGGGGGUAUUUUUACAAAAAAGGGCUUCUGAGGGCCAGAGCCGGAUAAAGAGAAAAAAGGCAAUUUUCCUCUGCUUACUGAGAUUGCUCUUCAGAAACAUUGUCUUUAGUUAUCCAAAAAACCUGACUGACAGGUCUUUUCCCAAAAUUGGUUGACUGUACUUAAUUUUUCAGGCAUAACCACUUUAGAACCUAAAUAAACCCAUAUUUUGAGCUACUGCAAGAGGUGAGGAUUGUCUAAGAUUGGCUGCUGAUGACGUACACUUUCCCAUAGCUAAUAUGCCUCAAGACUAUGCCUCCAUUGUCUUCACUAGUCCUUCAAGUGCACGCACACACGAUAUAUAUUUUUAUUAGUAGACACAAGAGACAAUUCAUGCUUAUCCCUUUAACCUUGUACCUUUCCUCCACUCAAGACCCAGCAAUCAAAGCACUGUUAAUGGCCUUACCAUCUCCACCCUGUGAGGUCUUUGAUGCACAGUCUACCCCUUUCUUUUAAAUGUGUGCUUGUCUAUAGCAGGCUAUAAGCUCUUCAAAACCAAUACUGACUCAUUUUGCCAUGUGCCACAUGCAUUUGCCAAUAUUAUGUCAAGAACUGAUAAUGUUGUCAUUGCAAGCUAGGCAGUCCUUGCUUGUAGUACAAGGUACUAGGUAGCUGGCGUUGAGAAGGUUAUACUUGCUUGCUGAGCUUCAGCACUCAAUUGUCUAUUAUUAAAGGUCAUGUAGAGCUGAGUUACAAGCAUUUCUUUUCUUCUUUCAUCAAUAUUGUGUAUUACAGUGGCUUGAUUCAUGUUACAGUGUCUGCACCAGGCUGAUGUGAACUGUGCAGUGAUAUUAAGAGUGCCAGAUUUUUCACUGCUUAGCACUUGUUUAGUCCUCAUCUUGCACAUCUCUAAGACACACAUUCUCCUUUAGACUCUGACCUUAAGUGCCUAGAGUUAUUUGGCUGACUUGAGUGGGCUUUAUUCAUUCUGAAGACAGCCAUUACUCUAGGUAGAAAUGUAAAAAAAAAAAAAAGAAAAGAAAAAAACAGUAUAUGUGCAUAGCUAAGCCAGAGCUGAACUGCAGUGGCAUAAAAUCAAUGUGGGUAAUGACUGACCAACAAGUACACAGCAGUUUGGUUUCCAGUCAAUAAAAUAUUGAUCUUUUGCUCUACAGUGUUCAUUUUUGGGUUUCAGUUUCUUCUUUCAUGGCAGCUUUUAUUGCAGACAAGAGUUUCAUUAGUUUAUGCCUUUUCAUUUUAUCCGUGCUGCUUUCUUUUCUAUUUUCACAUUUCACAUGGCUGAUACAGGUCCUUGGUAAGACUUGGAUUCUCACAAAUAGAAAUCUGUUUCAUUACCUUAAAUACAUAUACACACACACAUACAGUAGUUCACAGUCAUGUAUGGUGUUCCAAAAAUGUGCACUGAGUUAUCAGAAAUGAGCCCAUUAGUAAAUGUUAAUUGUCUUAAAUUUUAAAUGAAAAUGAUGAAUCACCAGACACAGAGUGGUCUGUGGGGUGUACCUUUUGUUUGUGUUGUGUGAAAUAACAUUCAGCAAAUUGCAAGAAUGUGGUUUAGGCCCUUUAUUCAGUCUUGUCUGAACAACCUUCUAGCUUAAUUACAAAGUGACGCAAGUACCAGGCAGUAUCCUAAGACAUGACAGAGUCACAGGUCAGACACACUGAUCAUGAUAAUCCCAAUCUUCCAGCCUUAACAUUUAGGGAAAUGAAAUUCUUCUCUGACUCAUCAACUAACUAUAUUUUUGGAAAUACCAACUGAAUUAUUUAUUUCUCAUGCAGUAAAUACACUAGAUUCAAAUCUGAAACUGAGAAUUUUUACUUCAAAGUAAUGAUAAGAUAUAAAUGUGAUUGCUAUAAAUAGUUUGAAUAAAAGUUAUAUUAGGUAUCA